CUCAAACUUUCAUGAAAAAUGACAAAUACAUAAGAAGUGCAAUUACUGGUUGGGCGUACGUCCGCUCUUGCUUCGUGAUGGAGAGUUCUCGGUCGUCGUCGUUUUUGAGUAUAUUAUCGCUUUCUUUGUUCUUUUUUGAUGUCGUUUUCGUACUUUGACAAGGCUGCACGGAAAUCUCCUGCUUCUGAACGAUCGCGGAAUCCAAGUCCUAUCAAGGCCUCUCUAUCAGCUUUUUCGUCUUUCACCCUCACCACAAAAUAGCGAGUCGAAUCCAGAACGGCUUCCACGAAAUGUUCGAUCUUCUGCUUUGCGACGUCGGUUUGAUUGACAAUAUCGAUCGGACACAGGGCAAACAGUUUCUGUUGGCCUAUAGCACCUUCGUCACCGUGCGUGUAGGUGAAAAUCAACAGCAAAACAUCUCCCCGACGUUCCACCCGAAGUGAUACACACUGCAAUGGCUUUGUUAGCGGCCAUCCAUCGGCACUAAUAUUUUGAAUUGGAAGGUCACACGUUCAGCAUUUUUUUCAAGAUUGUCGGCAGUGAAGUAAACGUGCAGCGAAAGCCAAAUUGAACCGGGUGAUAAACAUUUGGAUUAGAGAAAAUGACAAAAAACAUAAUGGCCUUUGCUAACUUUAGUGCUAUCGAAGAAAGCGAGGUGAUAGUAUAAAUAUUAGUACUGCACUCACCGAAAAGGAGAAGUCGAUCCCGGGGGCAACCGGUACAUGAAACAUUCGGCAAUACCCAACAAUUUCGUUCUCAAGACAGAGACUUUGUAGUCAUCGUCGUCAAGAAGUCCUAGAUUGUACUGAUCUCCCGCCAUAAUGAAAAUUGCCUUCUCGAAUGGUUGCAAUACGGUGUGCGAACAGGCGUAUUGAUGGUGACUGAUCAAUUCUUUUCAAAUUGGUCAGAGUACGUUGUCAAACUGUAUCAGGCCUAAGCAAUGGAGAGAAUAGUUUCUCGUCUCAGAGCUAGAGUUACUUGUUGACGAUGGCUCGCAUCGAAUUGAGAUGUUGAGAAGAUAAUUCGUAAGACGAGAAGGUUCGUUGUUCGUACGGUACGUACUCGUACGUAUCGUACUCGUCGACACAUACGUUCAGCUGAUUGAGGUGAAAACAAAAAUAAUAUAAUAUUGGAUGAUACGAGUAUCGUACGUACAGAUGGACUCGUACUGUGGUGUUUUAUUCCUGCUAUGAUUCGCAGCCUUACCGUAUCGUACAGGAAGGCACUUGUACUAAAGGGAAGAACCACCGUAUCUGUAGUUGCGAAAGUCAUCUUGAGAAUAAAUACGGGUAUAGAAAGGUUGAUACAAGAAUACCUUUCUCGAGGGUCAUUAGUGACAUCGUUUUGGGUACUGUAAGGCCCCAAAAAUAUGAUUAAUGCAGGAAUAGUUUUUAGCGAGAUCAUACCGGCCGGUAUAAAUAUUCAUAAAUGAAGAUAAAAUAUUGUUGAUGCCUUCGGCGAGUUUGGCGGACACAAAUUCUAUUUCUCUAGCUAGAUUCGUUUUCACAACAAAACCCAGAAGUUUGUUUGAACGUGCUCUUGCACGUCAAGUGGCGUCUUACUACUAGAUACUACGCUGAAAAAAUAGUAAUUCACGACAUAGUUCUCGUAGACGAGUGGUUCACCGUUUGACUUCUUCUGAAUUUCUUCAAACUUGGAUCGAGGAGUAGAUAGCGGAGAAAAGAAUUUAUGGGUUGGAGAAGGAGAUGAUGAACCAUCAGUCGAAAACAAGCAAUUUCCAUAGGGAAGAUGAGCAACCUGCUACAGAAGAAUUGGGAUCUCUUUUCAGCCGUUUGAAGUGCAAAAACACGGGUGAGGAGAUUAUUAGCUCUAGAAAGUCUUUGAAGUCCAAAACCAGCUCAAAAAAGGUUCAUAAAAUACUUACUCCAUGGCUGGUCAACGACAGGGCAGCGAAAAUUUCUGGAGAGAGCAUUAGCAAAGGGAUUCAAGUUGACGAUCGUGAUAUCAAUCUACCGAUGCGAACAGAGCACGUGAUCUACCCAUCAGUAGAGGGUAAUUCUGUUGAAAUUCAAUCAACUUUGGCACCUGCAUCAAAUUCAAAAACACAGGUGCAAAACAAAAACUCUAUUGGAUCAGUAUUGUUUGGAAGACGCCGUCGUUCUUCUAGUAAAUCCAAUGCAAUUAAGUCGUCUGAAUACAACGAAUCGAAGUCUUAUCCCCAAUUUGGCAGUUUUCCUGAAAAUGAGUCGGAUGAAGACAAAACCAGAAAUAACAAGUUACGGGGAAGCGAGGAAAAGAUUGUAUCGACUAACCCUGUUAAUGGCAGUGACAACUUGUCCACUUCUGUUGCAGAGAAAGCAGGAAUCAAACCAACCAGAACCAAUAGUUAUGAUCAGCGAUUCUCAUAUAGCAAUGGCACAAACUCUAUUUUAGACAAUGAUGAUGAUUGUGGAUUGCCAUCUAUGAUGACAUCCUCGACAAUUUCCACUAAGUAUGAUGUGGGCGACACGAGCGAGAACAAGACGGGUGUGAGAUGCUCCCAGAGAGAUAUUGUAACUCCAAGACGACGAAAUAGUCGAUCGCCUUCCCCGUCACGAAUGCGGAGAGAGCCAAACCCAAUGAACCCAUCGGAUUCGCCCAAAAAUGGGAAGGUGCAACAUCAUCAAAAGGUGAAGUUUAAAAACGAUUGGAAUCAUGAGAUGCUCAUGGCGCAUGAAAUGAAUAAACAACUGAGCCAGUUAUCGUCAUCUUUUGAUUGCGGAACAAUGAAUAGUAAUAGUCAUGAGGCUGGAAAGGCGCACAGUAAAAAAAAAGCAACUAUUCAAAAUGAUUGGGAUCACGAGAUGCUCAUGGCUGUUGAAAUGAAGAAACAACUUAGUCAGAUGUCUUCAUCUUUCGAUUGUGGAACAAUGAAUGGUAAAAAUCGCGAGACUUCGUUUUCUGGAAGCACGAGGGAGUCUCUUCGACAGGAGAAUGAGAAAAUUUCGGUUUUGUCGUCCUCCGCAAUGUCUUGCCUGAACCCGACUUCUCAACUCAGUUCAUUGGGUAAACCCAACUCUACUAUGCAUGGUACAGAUUCUGGCAAUGAAAACAACCAGAACCUGAUCAAUAUUAGUGGAACGCGUCAAAUGUCAACGAAGCCAGCUACAAACACUCUUUGCGGUGCAGUUUCUUCGGCCUUAUUACUUGAUGUGAAGGACGAUGAUGCUCUUUGGAAAUACUAUGAAAGAAAUAAAAUGCCGCAGCUGCCAUUAUAUCAGGAUCAAAUAAGCAAAUACCGUGAACACAUUACGAAGCAAGAUCCGCCACCUGGUUCAACGGCUAAGGCUCCGGUUUCAAAUGGAGAAGGAAGAAUAAUACAGGAUGCUCCAAGAUUUGCAGGAAUUUCUAAUUCCAAUAGAAUUAGACCUGAUAAAGUGGAUUUGCAAGAGACAUCGACGCGGCAUGCUGUAAUAAAUUACUCACAAAAUCCACCCAGGCAUGCCCCUCUAACUAAAGCUGAUGGAUACGAUCAUCGCCGUCCCUAUGAUAAUGAAACAACUGGUUUCCAAAUAAACCAAGGAACGAAUAAUAACGUAUCCGACCGCGAACUUCAAUUGAGACUUCAGUAUGAAUCUUUGAUGGGGUAUCAAAAUCAGGCAAGCUACAGCCAUGAACCCGUGAAGCCGAGCAAAGAGCAACUGCUUGAUCAACUGCGACUUGCAGUAAGAAAGGCUAGCGCUGAACUAGAUUCGCUUUAUCUUCAAAAAGGUAUCCGAUCUGAUUUUCGUGAGCGCUAUAAUAUGAGAACAAUGGAAACCGAAGACUGUAGUGAAGAGAGUAGUUUCAUGCCUGAAUACUACGGAAGGAAUACCCAACAGCGUCAUCUGGAUCACGAAGAAGAAGCUCUUGAUUACAUCAUAUCGACUGGUUCAAUACAUUCACCUACGAACAGAAAGGAUAAGUAUGAUUUUAGCUAUUAAAAGUUUGAAUUCAUCCAGUAAUAGUUCAAAUAAAAUAAAAUGAAGGCCAGCAUUCAAUAUUUGCACCGAGGACUCGGCAUUCAGCUCUCAGCUGUAUCAGAUGUUAGAUCCUGACCUUCCUUAGUAGUUGUUUACAGGAAAACUGAUUGUCUUCACUUCCAUAUAAUUCUCGAGAGCGUACUCUCCCUUGUCUCUCCCCCAACCAGAUUCUUUGUAGCCGCCGAAGGGGACCGCCGCAUCAAAAUCAUCGUACUGAUUGAUCCACACUGUACCAGCCUUGAGACGUUUAGCGAUUCCCAUUGCCUUAGACAUGUUGACAGAGCACACUCCUGCUGCCAAGCCGUAACUGGUGUUAUUGGCCCUCUCAAUUGCUUCUUCAAUAGUAUUGAACUUUGCGAAUAAAACCAAAAGGUGGUCAGAACAUUUCACGGAAAAUUAUUCACUUGGGAUUUUAUUUGGGAUGACGAUUGAUAAAACUUACCUUCAUGAGUUGCAUAACUGGGCCGAAAAUCUCUUCUUUGGCAAUCUUCAUUUCAUCCUCGACUUCCGUGAAGAUGGUAGGCUCAAGAUAAUACCCUUUGGUACCAAUUCGUUUUCCACCCAGAACACAUUUUGCACCUUCUUGUUUUCCAGACUCGAUAUAUCCCAAGAUUUUCUCAAAUUGAAUCUUAUCUACCUGAGGUCCUUGGAACUUGCCCUCAUCCGUCCCGAUUGCAAUCUUUUUCGCUCGUUCGACACACAACUCUACAAAUUUAUCAUGAAUCUUUGCAUCGAUAAAAAUACGGGACGAAGCACAGCAACAUUGACCGUGAUUCAAGAAGAGGCCGAUGUGUGCUGCAUCAGCAGCUUGUUCGAGGUCAGCAUCGUCGCAGAUGAUUAAAGGACUUUUGCCACCAAGUUCCAGUGAAACUUUUUUAAGGUUCGAACUUCCGCUGUAUUUCACGAUUUCGUGUCCAACUUUUGAAGAUCCUGUAAAUGCAACCUUAUCUACGUCAGGAUGCGAAGCUAAUGCUGCACCACAAUCAGGACCGUAACCUGAAAGGACAUUUAAUACGCCUGGUGGAAAUCCUGCAUCUUUAGCCAACUUUCCCAUCAGUAAGGCGGUGAGUGGUGUCUUUUCGGACGAUUUGAUGAUGCAUGUAUUUCCGCAUGCGAGGAUUGGUGCUGUAAAACGGAGAUGAAUUCAGUGAUUAUUUAUGAGACACAGUUUCAGAUGUGGCGUGGCAUUCAUUUAAACGAGUACUUUAGAACUGAAGCAGACUUACCAACCUUCCAAACAAACAUAAGGAGUGGGAAAUUCCAAGGAAUGAUGCCAGCCACAACACCAAUCGGUUCGUGGAUCGUGAACGCCAUGCUAUCCGUAUUCUCCACUGGAAUAGUCUUUCCUUGGAUUUUAUCGGCCCAUCCAGCGAAAUAUCUGAGGCACUUGACUGCCAUGGCAAUAUCAACAUCUCUCGCGAUUGAGACGGGCUUGCCGUUAUCCUUACAUUCGACUUCUGCGAGGAACUGCUGGUUCUCUUCGAUUAGAUUUGCAUACUUCAAAAUCAAAUCACGUCGGGCGGGACCACUCACAUCCCUCCAUUUGGUGAAUGCAGCUUUGGCGCACUUGACGGCAUUGUCAACGUCGGUUUUAUCGCCGCGCUGGACUUGGGUAAUGACUUCUUCAGUUGCCGGAUUAACGACAUCGAAAGUUUUUCCCGAGUCUGAGUCAACGAACUCGUUAUUAAUGAAAAGUUUGGUGAAGAUGGUGGGUUCGAUAGUCAUGGUAAACAGUGGGGGAAAUGGUCUACAACUAUGUUAUUCAAAAAUUCAAGAUGAAGGAAUGAAGCCAUUCGAUAAUG